AUGUCGUCGCAGCAGCAGCAGCAGCAGCAGCACCGCCCGCUUCUCCUAGCCAUGUGGAACAGGGACGUCCAUCUUCUACAGAAGCUGAAGCCUCAAAAAAAAAUGACGAUCUCUUUACUAAAGCAAUCGACGGUCCGCCACGCCGUGCCAGUCAUUGAUGGAGGACGAUUGACGAACAUUUCAGCUAAAUUACCGAAUCCUAUCAAGUCAGACGUUAAAUCUUGGAUUGCUCUAGCGCAGACUAUUGCAGUAACGUCGGCACUAUUUGCCGCCGUUCAAAUCUCGUUGAACCAACUCAUUGAAUCCGCCAUUUCUGAUAGCGGCGGCGACCUUCAUGCUCACCCAGUACCGGUCUGGCGUGGGCUACGUUGGUUUAUGUACAGCGCGGUCAUCAUCAACUUGGGAUGCGCUGGCUCUGCUGUCGCUGUGAUCAAUAUGGCGGCAUCUCUAGAGUGUGACAUCGGUUAUAUGGCCACCAAGUAUUAUCGUCAGCUCACGGCGCCAGCGCCAACAAAUAGGCAAGAGACAAAAAGGAGACAAGAGGCGGAGAGGUACAAGGCAGUAUAUGAGUGGGUCGCAACGAACAAACUGACGGGCGAUUUCUUUAAUCACAAGGCCGACAUACGGAGAUUACAACAAUUUGGGAUUGGAAAGUCGUUUGGGUGGAUCACUUGGUCGAUGACGUUCACGUUUAUUGUCGGCGGAGCGUUCAUCUUUCUUACUUUUCUUUAUUGGGUGGCCCUCACCCAGGUCAAGGCUGCCAUCGCUCUAAUGGCGGUGGCCGUCGCUUUGGCUCUCGGAUUGACACUCUCUUUCUUACUAUACUAG